AUGAAUAGACUAGUUCUGGACGCAUCGUCGGCCACCACAGGCCAGAUACGGAACUAUAUGAAGAAUACGGAGUUGAGUGACUCUAUGAUCCAUCCUCCAGCAACCAUGACCACUGAUCCAUCUACCGCUCCAUCAGUGCAAGAAUAUCACGAUAAAACGGAAAAGGACUUAUCAUUUGCCUUGAGUCAAGAGAGCAGUUUGAAACGUGAUGGCGAAGACGUGGACUUGAAAGUGAUUGUAGAGGACGAAUUUGAAGGAACAACAAAGAAGCACCACAAAGAGAAUGAUGAUAGCAACCACGAAGAUGAACAUGAAGACCAUUUAAAGAUCUCAGAACCCAAGGAAUUUUCAUACCAGAACAAACUCAAGUACCUCCCCAAUGCAGAUUUCCAGGAUGGUGAUAGCACUGGUAGAUCUUUCCAAAUGUCGACCUAUUCGCCAUUGAAUUCCAUUCCAAAUACUUUUAAAUACAAGUCACAUCCCAAUGCUAGAACUAAACUGUUACUUGGUGGACCCAGAAGGAAAUCACAGGAAUUAGUGGAGGAGGAAGAGAUAGAAGAGGACGAGGAUGAGGGCGAGGAAGAGGAGGAAGAACAAGUACUGGAUGGUGACAAAAUAACAAACAAGAAAAGGGAAGAUGAUCUGGUAGAAGAACAAAGUCACAUGCGGAAUGAAACAAACGAAGUACCAAUGAGAACUUCGACAAUCAAGGAACAUAAGAAUGGGGAUACAACCCCAAAUUGGAUGCCUGAUGUACUCAAUGAGAAAUGGCAUCCACCUGGAUCAGUGCGUUUUGAUUCACAACUUCCUGAAAAUGAAUAUGAGAUUCCUGAUUUUGGCUCGUCUGUAAGAAUAACACGUCCAAGUAACAGAGACUUUGAUUUACAUUUAAAUUCUACUGGUAAUACCAUGAUCCAUAACUCUAAAGCGGAGUUACACGUGACUCCUGAAUGGAUGAAGGCCAGUAAAGAAUAUGCAGCUAAAAAGGCAGAACCAUUUGAAAAUAUCUUCUUAUCCGUGGGAGCUGCUGGGGGAGGAGAUAUUUACAGAAAACUUGAUGAUUCUGGGUCCAAGGGAUUUACCAUGUCUUCUACCACUUCAUCUCCAAUCCCAUCAUUAUCAGAGAAGAGAGGUAGAAAUGGAGGUGGUAUAUCUCCACAAAUUGGAGCUGAAGAUGUACGACAAAUCGUGGAAGCUGGUUCUUCUCGAAACCCUGAAUCUCCCUUGAAACUUUUCCAUGAUAAGUAUAAUACAUACACCAAGGAUCGAUUAACUGAGGUGUUACAAAAAGUUCACAAUAAAUCACCUGCUGUAUUCCAAAAUAUGAAUGGAGUAAAUGAUGAUUUGAAUCUUUCGAAGGAAUAUGUAGUACCCGAUCUUCCAGAACCGAAGAUGAAAAUUAAAAAUUUCACUAGAUCGGGUUCAUACACUGAAAGAGAAUUCCUUAAAAACGCAGAUGAUGUAUUUAAAGGAGUGCAAAAAAGAGGUUUCAUGGGCCGACAAUUAUCAAUGAGAGAUGUUACAAAUAUAAGUGGAAGAUCAAGAAAUAACAACUCUACAUCUGAGAAGGUGAAUUCACAAGUUACCUCCAAUUCGACCUCCACUUCAACUCCAAAGAAUGACCGGGUGAGACAUAUUAAUGAAUUAGAUGAACUUGAAUCUGACGAUGAUUAUUCUUCUUCUUUCACCAGUGGAUUUGAAGAUGAUCAAAGUGGGUCUAAGAUUCAUCCAGGAAGUAGUAUCAAUGGUAUGACGAAUAAUGAAUACACUUCAUUUGAACUGUCGUCAUUGAAUAACAAUCUGCAAGAGAAUAAUCAUUCAUAUAAUCAAUUAUCACCAAAGAACUUGAAGCAUUUACAACGUCAACUCUCCACUGAGAGUAAUAAUUCCUACACGUAUGACGGAUCUUCAGAAGAAAUUGAAGAAUUAACGAGUGAUCAUGUACAUGAAGUAGAAUCUAAGAGAUCUAAUCAAGGUGAAGAAUUGGAAUCCAUUAUGAGACGGUUACAAGAUAUUGAAUAUAUGUUGAAGGAAACUGCUAUUAAGUCUCAUAACGAGGAAUUAAUGCAACUUCGAAGAGAAAAUGAAAAACUUCGACAUGAGUUAGAUGGUAGGAAGCCAAAUAAUGUUGGUAUUUCACCAAAGGGUCCAAUAGGAGAAGUAACAAUGGAUACUUUAGAAUAUACUGUUGAGGAUUUGAGUCAAGUCCAAGACUUCAUUAGAUGGAAAAGGCCAUCACAAUUAACUUUGGGGAAGUCACCGGAUAAUUUUAGAGAGGCGAAUGCUGCAAAGGAUCCUUUAGAUCAUGAGCCUCAAGACUCAAAGAACAAUAUUGUUAAGGGUAGACUUGAUCCAAAUCUUGACUUACCCAGAGAAUAUAAUAAUAUGAUACUUGAUAUUGAAAACCAAAAGUGGAUAAAUAAUGAAGUUGCAGAAGCAUCCAAUUACCGUGGAAGUUUAGACUCAAUAGAGGAUUUAGUGUCACAAGAUUUGGAUGAAGGAGAUGCACAAGGACGUCAUACUCCUUCAGGGGAAGCAGCCAAUGUAACUUUGAACAGUACUUUGCGUCUGAAAGGUAGUGCUCGUAAAAAUAAACUUGAAGUUUCAUUCCAUUUACCAAAUCUGACAUCAGAUUCAGUUGAAAAUUUUUCAAUGGCAGAAAAGGAGAGAGGAAAUGUCACUAAUGUAUCACAGUUGGGAGAUGCAACUUUUUCUCAGACUAAGAGGCGUCUUGUUAACGUAAUUACCGAGAUUCUUCCAUCUGACGUUGAUUGGAAUAAAGUUCGGGAUAUUUCAUUAUCCAAGUUUAAUCUUGAAAAUAUUAAGGAAUUGGAUACUUUCCUUCCUAGGUUAACAUCUGUUGAUCUUUCAAAUAAUGAGAUUAAGUACACUGAUGGUAUUCUGAAGAAAAUAUUAAACUUGGAUAUCUCAAACAAUUUGAUAGACAAUAUCAGUUCUUUUGCAAAGUUCCACGACUUGCAAGUAUUGAAAGCUUCACAUAAUCAAUUGGGGUCACUUUCAAGUAUCAGCAAUAAUAUCCAUUUAACAGAAUUACUGGUCAAUAACAACAAGUUGACUAAUUUAGAUGGUAUUCAAAAUUUAACGAAUUUGAUUAGAUUGGAUGUUUCACAGAAUGACCUUGUUGGAGAUAUUGAUUUCCAAAAAUUCAAUCUUAAGAAUUUACAAGAAUUAAAUCUUUCUGAAAACAAUUUAAGAAAUAUUAUUGGAUUGGAGAAUCUUCCAAAUUUGAGAGUGAUUAACUUGAACGAAAAUAGACUUCAACAUAUCGAUUGUAAGGGAAAGCAUCCACGCUUGAAGAAACUCUUAUUUAAGCUCAACAAAGUGAGAAAGCUUGAUUUAGAACCAUAUCCUUGUUUAAGAGUUUUACGUAUGGAUGGGAAUGCUAUCGAUACGAUUUCGGAUAUCAAGAAAUCGACCUAUUUGGAAGAAAUUUCAUGCAAAUCCCAAAGUAAUCUCACAGUUGUCGAGAAAGUUUUUGAAGGAGCUUCCGAUAUUCAGCGUUUGGAUAUAUCAGGGAACACUCAUUUUGAUUUCCGUGGUCUUGAGAGUGUUAGAAAAAGUUUACACGUUAAUCCAUUCUUGAAUUUGAACACUUUAGUAUUAUCAGCAAUGAACUUAACUAAGCUCCCAGAAAACUUUGGGGAUAUUUUCCCCAAUGUUCGAGACUUGAAUUUAAACUUUAAUAAAUUGAAUAACAUUGAGGCUCUUUCUAAAUUGAGCAACGUCCGGAAGUUAUACAUGGUUAGUAAUAGGAUUGAUAAAGUUCAACAAAUAGUGGGAGGUCUUUUCAACAGUAGAAAGACACUUAGAGUUUUGGAUAUGAGGUUGAAUCAAGUGAACAUCGAGUUUUAUCCAUAUGUGUUCAACAAGCAGGAAUUAGAGUACUCACAGCACAUCAAGGCCACUGCAAACAUUGAUUUAAGUCCAAUUCAAUUGGAGACUUUGGAUGAUAUUGAGAGUUUUGCAAUUUUAUAUCAAUCAUUGAAUAAGAGUUACGACGAAUGGGUGGAACGUGAUUCGCAAUUCCUCAAUAGAUUACAAGUUGAACACGGGUCUACUUGGGCAAAGCAAAGAUUAAACUACGAAACUCUUUUAAUUAACCUAUUCCUCCGUUUGAAGAAAUUAGAUGGUAGUUUGAUUACUUCCGAAAGAAGAGAUGCGCUUAAAAAAAGGUUGCAUCUGAAUACCCGAUAA